AUGUCUCACAACGUUAGUUCAUCACUUCUUGUUGUACCAGUUGGUUUGCAGCAGCAUACAGUAGUACGUACACAACAUCGUGGACUACAACAACAAGGACCACAGCAUGAAUCACAGCAAGGAUCACAGCAAGAGCCACAACAAGAACCACAACAAGGAUCACAGCAUGGAUCACAGCAUGAACUACAGCAUGAAUUACAACAAGGACUGCUGCAACAACCACAACCGCAACCGCAACAUGAUGAACGACAACAGGCUGGCAUAUUAAUAGUAAUAAUGUGA